AUGGGAAAUGUAAGGCUGUUUUUCAUGUUCACACUUUCUUUGUCAACUUAAGCAUGCUUAAACAACACAAAAGUUGUGAUAAAAUCGAGUCGUUUCUCUUUUCUGUAGGCCUUCUGGACGACGACGACGCCGUUCUCGUCGUGGUCCCCGCCGCAACGGCUGUUUGCUUUAAUCUGGCCUGCUUUUGUCCUCUACCUCAUUCUGAAAAUCUUGGUUGAGAAGGUACUUUAGUUGUUGUUUUGUAUUGAUUUGCAACUGUUAUUGUGUUUAGUCUUGACCCAAAUUCCACUUUUUCUGGAUUUCUUCGUCAACUUCGCUCUAGUGAAUUUGUUUUCUUUUUCCAAGAAACACAACUCCUUAUCACUCAAUUUUUGUUCAAUUCCCUCCCCAUUGAAGCUCUAACCGAACUGAAUUUCCAGAUGUGGGGGAAAGACGAAGCGGUUCAACAAAUGCGUACCCGACGAGCUCAAGGCUUUGCUCAAUUUGAAACGGAUUCCGAUCCGUCGAAUCUCGUGGGAAAUGCCCGAAUCGUCGGCGGAAACGAAUCGGCUGACCAGAUUCGCGACACCUUCAAAAGCAUCCUGACACUGGAUCUUGAGAGCUUGAGAAGUAAACUUAAAGUGAAUCUUGCAAAUCAACGGAACUGUCUAUUUUCAGAGUCGUUGCAGGAAGAGAAGUUCAAUGCGUACACAGUUCUGUGUGCGUACGUCUGGAGGGCAAUGAAAAUCAACAAGGAGAUCAAUGCGAUCACAGAAGUGAUUCGCGAGGCGUUCGACUAUGCGGAGCAGCUGGAUUCCGAGUAUUACCGUACUGAAAAGCAGAAAAAGCCGUUGUAUGGCUUGCCGUUUUCGGUGAAAAGCAAUUUCUUCGUUAGUUUCAUUCGAGCUAGUUGCCCCUAGCAAGUUCUGGAUAUUUCAGAUGAAAGGCUACGACGUGACUUGCGGCUUGGCUAAACUUCUCAACCAACCAAAAGAGACCACUUGCCCGUUCGUCCUGCACCUUCAAGAGCUUGGCGCGGUCCCAUUCGUCCUCACCAAUGUCCCACAGGGUCUUCUCUCGUAUGUCAGCUCUAAUCCGCUCUAUGGGACCACCAAGAAUCCAUGGGAUUUGACCCGCACACCCGGAGGAUCUUCGGGCGGAGAAGCUGCUCUUCUGGCAGCCGGAGGUGCUGCAUUCGGAAUCGGAAGCGACUUGGCCGGAAGUCUGCGAAUCCCGGCUGCCUUCUGCGGACUGGUCACUCUGAAACCGACCCAGGCGAGAUUCGAAGUCACUGACACGCACGGAGGCCUGCCAGGACGUGGAAGACUCGGAUUGAGCUUCGGAUUCUACACGAAGAACGUGAAGGAACAGGAGGACUUGCUCAAACUUAUUAUCGGAUCUCCCGAUUACUUUGAUCUGGUCCCACUCACGCGGACGGUCCCUCUCAAGUCUGUAGAUCAGAAUGCUAAGAAGCCGGUCAUCGGAUACUUCCUGGACGACGGAUUCACUCCAGUGGUGCCAUCGAAUCGCAGAGCAGUCCGGGAGACUGUCAAUCGGCUCGAGAAGAAGGGAUUCGAGUGCAAAGAGUUUAAACUUCAGGACAUUGACCCCGAAUUCCAGCCGUUUGUGGUCGCGAACAUGCUGUUCAGAGUAUGAAUCUCGAACAAAUGAACUAAUAGUAUCCGUUUUUACAGAACAUAAUGCCCGACAACGCAGCCUACAUGGCGGAGAUGUACGGCGGAGAAGACUACGAUCAGUACAUGAAGCUCUUCAUCCGUCUGAUCCGUUACAAACAGAAUUUCCUAUUCCGCUUCUUCGCCAACUACUUCGCAAUGCCACUUGCCAAUCUUCUGCUCUCGGAACGACUCGCUUGUCUCGGAAAUGCGAGCAACUCGGGACUGGAGGCGGCGCGACAGAAUCAGGAAAACACGGACAUUUACAAGUUGAAAUGGAUAAGAUAUUGGAAGAAACUGGGCAUUGACGCCCUUAUCUGUCCGUCGUUCAUCAGUAAGUUUCCUCUGAAUUCAACUGAACUUCUUCCUUAUUUCCUCCUUUCCAGCACCUGCUCAACCAUUCGAAUAUCCCGCUCAACUGUCGACUGGCGCCUUCCUCACCGGACUCUUCAACCUGCUCGACGUGCCCGCCGGAGUCGUCCCAGUGUCCCCAGUCACUUCCGAAGACACCGCCAACCUUCUAAGAGACUCUGGCACUUACGGCUUCCCGACCCUUGGAGAUGUUCUUUUAAAGAAGCAGAGAGACGCCGCAAAAGGAUCGGAAGGUCUGCCGAACGCUGUGCAAGUCAUCGCGUUGCCGAACGACGAAGAGACUGUUCUUCAAGUCAUGAAGCUCGUCGAAGAGGUCACUGAUGGAGUGGAGAAGCUCGAGUGGAAGCUUGAUGAGGAUGAGUCCUCUGAGAGCGGAACGGCUACGGAAAAGACAGCUCUCGGCGGAAAGUCGGAUCAGAAUCGUAGCCAUCACUGCUUCAGACGCGUCCCGGCCAAACAGUAA